GCAAGCAGUCGGGCGAACAAGCCCGCAACGUAACCACGCUUCUUGGCGCGUUCGAAAAAAAACCGCGAAUUUCAGUUUUCACGCGACAGUGACAGUUAUUUUUUUUUUAGUGGCCAGUGUGAAAUGUGUUGUGUUGUGCAUUUUUAAAUACAAAAAGUUUGAGAUCCGAAUGAGUACCAAAAGCUGAUAAAAUGGGUCACAAGCAAUACCGGGCGGUGGGGCAGAGCGCCCGAAACCGGCUCUUCGGUUUAAACCCACGGAUUUCAGGCGAUGAUAAGUCCGUACCACUUAGUAUGCUGAUCUCCCAACAGGGGAAACUUAAUCACGGUCGCCUAGCAGUAAUAACAUUUAGUAUAUGCACUGUGGUGCUAGGAAUAGUCCUGUCAUUUGUGCCAUGGCUAGAUUAUAUUAUAUUAAGGGAAUUACGCUUAUGGAAUGGGUCGCUGAGCUACAGUUACUGGCAAAGGCCAGGGGUGAUAAGAUUAACCAAAGUCUACAUCUUUAACGUGACAAAUCCACAGGGAUUUUUGGAAAAUGGAGAAAAACCAAAGUUGAAUGAAGUCGGGCCUUUUGUCUAUAGAGAAGACAUGGAGAAGGUGAACAUCAAAUUCCACGACAACGAUACUGUGACAUAUCAACACAACAAAAUACUGCGAUUUGUGCCUGAACUAUCCGUGGAUAAGUCACAGAAACUGGUUGUGCCGAAUAUACCGCUUUUGACAGUUACGUCGUUCUCUCCAAACAUGGCGUCUUUCGUGUUUAAUCUUCUCGUCUCAGGGCUGUCUCUGACAUACCGAGAGAGGGCCAAACCCUUUGUCCACGUCACUGCUGAGGAACUCGUAUUUGGGUACAAUGAUCCGUUAGUCACAUUGGCACAUUAUUUCUAUCCAAAGGGCAAGCGACCUAACAGCCAAAUGGGAUUGUUAUUAGCGAGAAAUGGUACUCUGUCAGAGGUAUCCACGAUAUAUGCCGGUCAAGAUAUGAAGAAAUUCGGUUAUUUGGACAAGAUUAAUGGGCUGGACCAUCUGCCGCAUUGGAAAGAGAAGCCCUGCACUAAUAUUAGGGCAUCUGAAGGAUCGUUCUUUCCCCCUCGGUCAGUCACUAAAGAAGACAUCGUUUAUAUUUACGACAAAGAUUUGUGUCGAAUCCUACCCAUGAAGUACCGUAAAGAUACGUAUAAAGACGGUAUCAAAGUAGGUUUAUACACACCUCCAGAGUCAACGCUAGAGAGUGCAGAACUCAACCCAGACAACAAAUGCUACUGCGAUGGAAAUCAAUGCCCCAAACGGGGACUGCAGAACAUCAGUCCUUGUCAAUACAAUGCGCCAGUAUACCUAUCAUACCCACACUUCUAUGAUGCCGAUCCAAGUCUUCUUGAAGCGGUGGAAGGUCUCUCACCAGAUAAAGAAAAACAUGAAAGCUACUUCUUGAUACAGCCUAAAAUCGGAGUUCCACUUGAGGGUCAAAUUCGCGUGCAGCUAAAUUUGAAAGUGGAUAGCGCCUCAAAUAUUCGCGUGAACAACAUUCACAAGUUUCCUGACAUGGUGUUUCCGGUGAUGUGGCUCCAAGAGGGAAUCGAAGAAGUAACAACACCAAUAUGGCGUCUGAUAUUCCUCGCCACUGCAUUUGGACCAGUCUUCGCCGCCAUCUUGUCCUACUCUUUAAUCAUAUGCGGAAUCCUUCUCAUAAUCUACGUAUUUAUAAAAGCCUACAAAAAGUUCGUAAUAGGCCAAAACUCGAUUGAAAUAGUCGAACUUGGGCGCGAAACUCUUCGCCGCGGUUCAACUUUGAUCACUCACGGAUCAAAACUACUAAAUCACAAGGAAACGUCAUAUCAACCCUUACGAAAAUCAACUUCAACAACUAGUAGCGGUGAAGAGACGCUACAAGAGUUAACUUACAUUGAUAAAUCGGAAAAUUUAAGUCAGAGUUUAGAUGAGUUGAAGAGCAUAUUGAAUAGGGAUUUUGUUAAGAGUAAUUUUAGUGAGGCCGAGCGGGAGUCGUUAAUACACGCAGAUAAUACAUUUAUUUUAUCUGAACAUAGGCGAUAUAGUGUUUUUAAAAUACCGGAGAGCUUGAAGUGAGGUCGCUUUUGGGCCACUGAGUGAGGAGUUUAGAGGAUUUUGUUGAUGAACAAACUUAUUUAUUGAGGAAAAGGACGUUUUGUCGUAGUUCAUCUUAGUUGUUAUGGUGUUUCAAACAAAGAUUUAGAUGUAAUGUUUUUUGUAUGAGAAUCCAGUAGCAGUUUUGGUCUCAGAUUAUAUCAGUUUCCUUGAUAAUUUUUCUUUUAAAGACAAUUAACUUGAAAAACGUCGACUUAUAGGUAAAUUCCAGUUGUGUUUUAACACUAAGUAUGAUUGCCGUAUGUCAGAAAUGUAUUAAAUCUGAUAAUUAGCUAAGUCUCGAGUCUAAAGUUGACCCUAAGAUGUAUCAUUAUUCUUGUAUUAUUACGAAUAAUCUCACAAAGCAAUAGAGCUUUCAUUUGUUUAAAUUUUAAUUUCUUAUUAGUGAAACAAUUUUUUAUAUUAAUUUUUUGCUGAUAGUAACACAAUAAUGACACUCCAUGGAAUACUUAAAAACUGAACUUAACUCAGUGGCGAAUAAAAAGCGGGAAAAGUGAGUUACCUCACUGACUGAACAGAUUCCGAUUUUAAAGGAAUCGACUAGUUUUUAAUAUAGCUUGCUCAAUAGUAGUCUGGCCUUAGAUUAGUUAAUAGUUUGUAAAUGGCCUUUUCUAUAUAGUAUAUUAAACUCAGUGCCUUAAAAGACAACCUUUGAUACUUAUUUCAAUUAUUUAUUUUGAAAAUCCCUUCGACAGUCUGUUAAACUAACCAUUUGUCAAAGUCAAAACACCACCUUUGCGUUAUUUGAAAUAUGGUUGAGUUCAAUUAGCAAUGUUAAGAAUUUUGGAAUGGAAAUCCUUUGCUGAAAAUUAUCCUUGGAAAAUAUUGGUUUAAGGGGCGAACAUAAAAUUUUUGUACUACAGCGUAGGUGAAAUCAUUUUCUUUUAUUAACAUUUUUAACUUUAAAAUAAACAAUUUCCUUGCUCUUAUUGUUUCUCAUAUUAAGAACUAUAACGGUCGGUCCAAACAAAGCUCUUAAAAUAAUAAUGUGACAAUAACUUUGUAUGUACAAAAGUUUAAUAAUUGCCAAACUUUAAAUUAUAAUUUGGGAUUCAAUCGUAAUUUUACAUUCAAAGUUUGACAAUUAUAUACAUAUACCUAGGUGUAAAAUAUUAUCUGUAACAGAAUUUCCUGUGAUGUUACCAACAUUAAAAAUCCAAAUUAUUUUUAGAAGGAAUAGUUAUUUUAUACUAGUCCUGUACAUAUUUAAGUAUUGUGGUAACGCUGCACCGUGAAAAUAAACAUUAAGCUCUGAUUCUCUGUCUUAGUAAAUGAGGAUCUACUAUGAGUAAGAUAAUUUGGUUCAUAUCUAGUAAAACAGGUAAGUAAUCAAUUUACCACGCAAAAAUUAGCAUUGCAGGGUUACCAACUUAAAAAUUUUGGUGAUGGAUGUCUAGUUCUAGAACAUAAUGUCUGUGCCCACGGUAUAAGGAAGAUUAUAUACCUAUUGUACUUAACUGUUUAAUAUAUACGAUAUGGGAUUAGAAAUGAUAUGCAAUUUAAUUGCCAUUAAUUGUUACCAUAAAUGAAAUUUUAUUUAAAUAUUUUGGGACAUUGAAUUUUAUCUUUUAAUACGUAUUAUAGUGGAGGGGCAAAACUAAUAAAUUAAUUUUAAGAAAGGAAAUGUAAUUUUAUUAGUUUUUCCCUUAACACAUUAAUUAAAUGUUACCUAAAUAAUAUACCGAAUGAUUAAUAUAAGAAUUUUAUUUUGGAAUUAUGUAGUUAGUAAAUAAUGUAAGGCAUUGUAAGAGAUCGUAAAAGUAGACCACAGAAAGAUAAUUUGGAAGUGCUUUUAAAUUCCCGCCAAUUUCAAAGGCGAAGAUAAUCUGUGGAAAAUUGUCUAUUUGUUUUAAGAAUUAAAUAAUUCUUGCCUCCUUGAAUAAUCGUCCAAGCCUUUGAAAUUUCCAGUGUAUUCCAGUUAGUAUUUUAGAGGAAUUAUAUAAACCAUGUCAUGUCAUGCUUUUAAACUAUUCUAUGCACACGAAUCUCAUAUCUUGUCUUGUUAUAAUUAUUUUCUAUAUUUUCGAAUAAUGGUUGAUUUAUCAAACAAGAAAACAUCGUAUGAUGAAGAAAUUAUUCAAUAAAAAAAUUAAUACAGAAUCUAUUCAUAAUCUAUGGUUAUGUUAUCACCAUAUGAUUAUUUAUGUUUCCAAUAAAUCGUAGAUAUAAUUGAUCACCAAAUACAUAUUUUCAAUUCUCGUUAUAAUCUUCAUUAGCAGCGAACUGUGUUCUGUUUCGAUACGACGCUUUCCCAGUAUUCAAAUCGGGAUCUAAACCGUGGGGUGAAAAUUCUAUAUAAUUUAUUGAUAUCGAUUUCUUAAACGAUUGAUGAAUCAACCACUGUUGUCACAAAUUGCUCAAUGAAUGUGUGUUGAAUGGUUGUAUGUAAUAUUGAAACGAAGCUCAAUUUUAAUUAGCUUUAAAGCCGAAGACUUAGUAAUACAUUCCAUUAUGAACUUUAUCGGAUGGGCGUAAGGACUAAUAUUGUAAAUAAUUUACACUUUUGUAUCCAACUUCGUUUAUAAUAAAAUAUUCA